AGGCCGGAAAAAAUGACAACUAGAAAAUAAAGGAAAAGAAGAAAGAUAGUUAGUUAGAAGAGAGAAGGCAAAAAGAAGGAAAAAUGAUAAUACAGGCGCAAACACAGCGUGUCUCACUCUGCUCCUCAGCCUUUAACUCCAACCACCACCAUUACCAGCACUUUAGAGUUGGAGUUAAAGCACAUGCUAGUCUGCCCUUCUUGUCCAGAUUUCGAUCAGUGGCCACCAUGUCCACUAGAAGCAGCAGCGGCCAUUGGAGGAGGAGGAGAAAGAGGAGCGACGACGUCGUAUCACCUUCUUCUUCUUCUUCGAGAUCUUCAUGGCGUUGUGCAGCUGCCUCGGCCUCACCACCACCACCACCAGCACCCCCAACUGCAGAUAAGAGAGAGGUGCCUGAAUUACAGACGCUGAUCCGAAGAUUCUCGAAAGUGGCAGCUCCCUACUGGUCAUCGGACGACAAGGAACAAGCGAGGAUGCAGCUGGCCGCAGUUUUCGCUCUCACUCUCGCCACCACUGGCAUCAGCGUUGGCUUCAAUUUCCUGGGCCGCGACUUCUAUAACGCCCUUGCCAACAAGGACCAAGAGCAAUUCACAAAGCAGCUACUUUACUACUUGGGUGCCUUUGCUGGUGGAAUUCCGAUUUUUGUGUUGCGAGAUUAUGCAAGAGAAACUCUUUCUUUGAGGUGGAGAUCUUGGAUGACAAAAUAUUACAUGGACCGCUACCUAAGCAACCAAACCUUUUACAGAAUUCAAUCCCAGUCGAUCAUUGAUAAUCCUGAUCAGCGCAUUGUUGAUGAUCUAAGUUCUUUCACGGGAACUGCCCUAUCCUUCUCCUUAACGCUUUUCAAUGCUGUGAUAGAUCUCAUAUCAUUCAGUAACAUCUUAUUUGGUAUCUACCCUCCACUGUUUGUUGUCCUUCUUGUGUAUUCGAUUGGUGGAACAGCUAUUAGUGUCUAUCUUGGAAGGGGUUUGGUUUCUUUAAACUUCUUACAAGAGAAAAAGGAGGCUGAUUUUCGUUAUGGACUUGUGCGCGUUCGAGAAAAUGCUGAAUCCAUUGCCUUCUAUAGUGGUGAAGAAAAUGAAAUGCAACUUUUGCUGCAACGCUUCAAAAGUGCUUUUGAAAAUCUGAGUAAAUUGUUGAUAUCUUCAAGAAAUCUCGAGUUUUUCACCAAUGGGUACCGCUAUCUUAUUCAGAUUCUUCCUGUUGCUGUUGUUGCUCCAAUGUUUUUCUCAGGAAAAAUUGAGUUUGGUGUCAUUAAUCAGUCAGUAUCUGCUUUCAAUCAUAUUCUUGGGGACUUCUCCCUUAUUGUGUACCAAUUUCAGGCUAUCAGCGCAUUUUCAGCUGUAAUUGAUCGACUUGGUGAAUUUGAUGAUGUGUUGGAUACCAGCAACUUUGAACGCCGUUCUGAUCCCUCAGAAGGGAUACGUCUUAUAUAUUGUAACGUUGAAAGUUUAGCUGAACUGGAUUCAAAUGGAUCCAUUCCCAUAGACAAUGAGCAACAAAAGUUAGUGGAUAUAGAGAAUUUGACUGUGCAGACACCAAGUAGUGCUACAUUGGUUAGGGACUUAUCAUUGCUAAUCAACAACAAUGAGCACUUAUUGGUAACAGGACCAAGUGGGAGUGGUAAGACUUCUUUGUUAAGAGCUAUGUCUGGUCUUUGGAGUACUGGAAAAGGAGAGAUCAAAUUCUAUGUGAAAGAUGGCGAAGAAGAUCAUCAACCAUCCAUUUCCUCAGGUGUUGCUCCCCUUAAGGUAGAUACUGCUAAUGAUAAAUAUGGGGAACUUGGAAGGCCCUCAAAUAGGAAUUAUAAAGGCAUAUUUUUCCUUCCUCAAAGACCAUAUAUGGUAUUGGGAACACUUCGCCAACAAUUGCUCUAUCCUACGUGGGCUGAUGAUGCAAUUUCAACAUCGGAGAGUACUAAACCAACUGGUUCACUUCCUUUCUUGAUGCAGGCACCAAAAUUAGAAAAUACAAGUGAAAAGCCUAAUAAGCCCACAACAGAGGACCUGAUACAGGCUUUGGAGGAUGUCCGACUUGGUUAUAUAUUAGCCCGAUUCAGUAGUUUGGAUACUUCAUAUGAAUGGUCUAGUGUUCUCUCCCUUGGAGAGCAGCAACGCCUUGCUUUUGCACGUCUACUGCUUUCAAAACCAAAAUUGGUUCUACUGGAUGAAUCAACCAGUGCUUUAGAUGAAGCAAAUGAGGCUCAUUUAUAUCAGCAGAUUGAGAAAGCAGGCAUAACAUACAUUAGCGUUGGCCACCGGCGUACUCUAUAUGACUUCCACAAGAAGAACUUGCAUAUAUCCACAGUCGAUCCAAGCAGUGCCAAUCGCAAUUGGCAGAUUAAAUCCAUCAAUAAGGACACCCUAUACCAGUUAUCAAAUCUAUAAUUGUAGCUGCCUUUAGAUGGCAUGAUUUUCUGCCGGUCUUACAUUACGUCACUUGUCAAGUCUUUUCUUUCAGAAAAUCCAGAAGAUAUUUACGCCUGAGGCUUUCAUGUACUA